AUGGACGCAGAGCAGCUCGCGGCGGAUACUGCUCGCUGCCGUGAAGCAAUGGAGUACAUUGCCAAUCUACCCAACAAAGUACAGGCGUCUGACGCCGAUCUUCCCCUCAUCACAUGUCGUCAAUUCGCCUCGCUUCUCGGAGUGAUGGUUGAAUUCGCUCCGGAAGCUAAAAAAUCGGAUUUGGAGGCUGGAACCAUUGAUUUUCGUGCACAAAUUGACGAGAUUGAUGAGGAGGCGAUGGAGAAAAAACUGAAAUUCGGUCCAAAACGGUCUGCAUUUUACACGAGGAACAAAACGAUAACCGAAUAUUUGAAGCUAAAAGUCCGACAGUUCUUCAAAAGUGAGGAUAUUUUCGAUGUGUUGAAUGGAGAGAGAUAUGGUUUUGAGUUUUCGACGAAAGAAUGUCUCCAAGUGCUCGUCACCUACUUCACAUCAAACAAACCGAAACGUGACGAUGGAUCUUCUGCGAAACCAUUGGCAAUUAAUAUCAAAAAGCUGGUUGCAUCUGCCUACUAUACCACACGAUCGGCCAAGAAGGAAAUACCGAUUAACGAGGCGCUGAGAAUGGCUCUUUUCGAUUGA